AUGGUAAUUAAUCAACUACAAGCACAACAACAAGUAGGCAAUGACCAAUUGGAUACCUUGGAUCCAAUGCUAUAUCAAGAUAUGACAACGAUUUUACCAUAUCAAGUUCCCAAUGUAAUCAACCAACCACCCGGGAUGAUAACGCAGCAAAAUAUAACGACGCAAUUCGGAUUCGCGUCUGCAACGUCAACAUACGUGGAAAACACAGUUUGGCAUUCAACGUACGCAAUGAGCUCCCAUCUCACACAACCAUAUUACCAAUAUUUUCCAAACACAUAUUCCACCUUACCACCACAGCCGAUUUUGAUUUAUCCUUCAUAUGAUGAUUUAGUUUUUCAAAGCCAACUAGAUCAACUAGAUGGUUCGGGAAGCGGAUUUAUCGAAUAUGGCGAUCAAUCCCAAUCAUUUGGCAUGUAG